UAAAUUUAUAUCCGUAUACUGAUUGAAAUCCAAAAAGAAGGACACUCAUUCUAGCCGAAGAACAAGUAGUAUUUCUAUUACAGAAAGAGACAUUAGUUAACUGUCAUCAUGAUGACCGACCCAUUUAUGCCAGGAGGGAAGAGACCUAAACUCGAUUUCUCACAAGAGCUCAUGGCUGGUUCCCAUCAUCCUCAUCCCUCAAUUGGGUCGAUGAUGUUGCCAAUGUUACCACUGGAUCAUGAUAGGUUAUCUGAUGAUGAGGAGUCUCAUAGACACAAGAACAUGUCUGGAUCUAAACUAUCAGCAGAAGCAAAGCGUUCACAGCACUGUGAGGUUGAGAAGAGAAGAAGAGAGAAAAUGAACCGCUACAUGUCUGAGCUGGCUCAGAUGAUACCAGCUUGUAACGCAGUACCACGUAAACUUGAUAAGCUGUCAAUUCUAAAGAUGGCAGUUGACCACAUGAAGAAUCUAAGAGGUGACCCUCAUUGUAACUCUGAUUAUAAGCCUGGUUUCCUAACAGAUGACGAACUGAAACAACUAGUUGUUGAGGCUGCUAAUGGAUUCAUGAUGAUUAUUAGCUGUGACAAAGCCUGCGUCUUAUUUGUGUCUGAUACAAUAUCUGAUGUGCUUCACGAGCCAGCUGAGAACUGGAUCGGCUCAACGCUCUAUGACUUACUGCACCCAAAGGAUAUUCAAAAGGUUAAGGAGCAGCUAGCAUCAUUUGAUGUUGAAGAAGCUCUUGCUGCUAAUUCAAAACACAACAGUUCAAAAUCUCCAUUGGUAAUGCACCCACAGUCAAUGAAUGGACUGAGAAGAUCAUUCUUGUGCAGAGUGAAGAGGGGCCAGUCAAUAAUGGCUUCACCUGAUUCAACAUCCUCUUCUAAUGGUACAACUGAUUGUGAAUCAGAGAAAUCUAUUACUUCAUCACUACCAAAUCAAUAUGCCGUGCUACAUUGUACUGGUUUUAUUAGGAAUCUGACUCCGGCUGAGAGACAAUCUUUACAAGUUGAGAAAGAUGCCAACGGGGCCUGUCUUGUUGCUGUUGCUAGGUUGCAGCAUUUCGGAGACUCCACCUCUUCCGCUUGUGCUAGUUCCAUGCUACCUAGCAAUGAUAGAGAGUUUAUUGCAAGAGUUGGAGUUGAUGGACGUUUCAGCUAUAUUGACCCACGUGUCUCUAAUAUUUUGGGUUAUCUUCCCCAAGAUCUCAUUGGUCACAACUCCUAUGAUUACUUCCAUCCUGAUGACAUGCAAAAGAUGAUACAGCUCCACCAUGAAGCAAUGAAGCAGAGGACUCCAAUGCCAACUGUCCAUUAUCGGUUCCUCUCAAAGGACAAGAAGUGGGUUUGGCUUGCAAUGAAAGCCUUCAGUUUUGUUAAUCCAUUCUCUCAUCAAGUGGAGUAUGUUGUGUGCACUAACGUAGUACACACAAGGUCAACUGGAGGGGAGAAGUCAGAGCAGGCUCAAGAAACAGUGGCACAAGUUGAUGCCUCCAAACAAUCAACCUCUGGGCCUGUUAAUAGAGGAGCAAGUGGUAAUAGAGGAGGAGGAGGAAUGAAAAACAAUGAACUCACCGGCCUUCUUCCUGAUUUAAACUGGCAGCAGACUUCAAAAAGCAGCAGCAGCGGCACCAUACCUCCUCCUCUUCCUGCUCCCUCUACUUCCUCUCAGUCUCUUGUGGACUCUCAGUCUUCAAGUGUAGUCACUCAACCAGCAGACACUACAGUGCAGGAGAAUGCAGUGACUGCUCAGAGACUUGUUGAAAAUUACAUGAAGAUGACAACACCGACCCCACACAGAAAAGAUUUCAAUUACGGCUUUCCUCCUGGCCUGUUUCCUGCUGAAGUUGAUCUCGAGGGCUCAGCUCAAGCUUAUCACAGUUUGAUUGAUGGGCUUGAGAAUUGCUCUGACCUGCAGCAGCUCUUGAAUCAAGUUGAUGCUGAUCCUUUUAGAUCUAAUAAUAUAUUUAACGAGCUUGAUCUUGAUAUUUUUGAUUAGAAUUAAGACAGAUGCUUCAUACUCUCUCUCCCCUCACCCUCAUCAUCUCAUAUUAUUAUUAUUAUCAUUGUUAUUAUUAUUAUUACUAUGUUGUACAGUUUUUGAUAUUGUGAUGAUUAUGUGGUUUUUUAUCAAUUAUUUGUUUAAUUAAAACUAAUUUUCAAAAAAAUAA